AAGAGUCUGUCUUCUCCCAGCCAGGAUGCUCCUUAUUGCUUUGUUGUGCAACCUGUUGCUCACUGCCGUGGGCCAGCAGGACGAAGACGAGUGGGUCGACCCUUACGACAUGACCAAGUAUGAUGGCAGGACCAAAAUGAUGGGAAAGCCUACUGAGCCAGCAAGCUGUGACAAUCUGGGCACUGAAAGACGAGAGUACAAUCAGGACUCCAGCCAGACUGAGCCGACGCCCUGCAACAAGCAAGUGGAGGACUUAGGGAAACAGAUUGAAGAUCAUAAGAAGACGAUCGAGCUCAUCUCACAACAGCCAACAUGCAGCCCAGUGUUCAAGAGAUUUCUUAGCAGACUGUUGAAGGCAAUACAAAGAGCUGGUGUGCCCAGUGACUCCACAGAUGUCUUUUAUGAUGCCAAACUCAAAAUGUCCAAACAAGCCAUGGAGGAGAUCCAGGCACAUCUGGAGAGUGAAGACAGAUGUAGACCAGGCGCCCUGGACAAUGCCAUCAGUCAGAUACUUGUGGACGUUAAACCGCAUGAUUAUGGGGCCUGGAAGUGGCGAUUUGAAGACACCUUUGGGGUGGAGCUGCAUACAUUAUUGAAAGUAACCUCAGUCUUUAUUACUAUCGUGUUAUUUAUCCUGCUUGUAGUAGUCAUUAUCAGGAUCCAACUGCUGACAAAGAUCUCCUGGUUUGUGCUGUUCCAACAACUGUUUGCUGUCUGCUUAUUCGUCAGUGUUAUCUGGAACUGGUUUUACCUGUACAAGAUUGCCUUUGCUGAGCAUCAAAGUAAUAUAGUGAAGAUGGAGGGUUUCAAUGCAAAAUGCACUGGAGUGGAGAAAAUGGAUUGGAUUGACGGUUUGAAAGAGUGGUUUAGAAGCACCUGGACUCUUCAAGAUGACCCCUGUAAGAAAUACUAUGAAGUUCUUAUAGUUGACCCUCUUUUGUUGGUAUCACCAAUCAAGGCGAUCUUAUUUACCAUCACAACCUUCAUCACAGAGCCACUGAAGUACUUCGGUCAGGGAUUCAGUGAAUUUCUUUGAGUGCUCCUCAAAGAUCUUCCGGUUACCCUGCAGAUCCCAGUCCUGCUCACUACCAUGCCUGCCACUGGGGUGAUUGUGUAUGCAAGUGUGCAAGCAGCCUUCCAGAAUGGCAUCAUGGCACUUUUACGCCGCCCACAAAGGGCUCCACCACCACCAGAGCUGAACAGAUAACCAGAGAUGCUGCACUACUCAGACCUGAGCUCCCAGAAGAGCAGAGUGUCGAUGAGGUGACAUCCCCCCACCCCACCCCACCCCCCCUUUAUAAAAGAAUUUUUGUUUAGAUUCAUCCAACCAACUUAAAUAUCAAAUUAGACACACAAUAGUGGGUUUUAGUGGAGACUAAUGUCCUUAUUAUUUAAUGCCUUCACUGAGAUGAAGGUAAAUAUUCACGUGCAACAUAAAUUGGUAACUUAAUGUUUAAUGAGUACUUUUUAUUGAUAUUUUUGUCUUUUGGUUUUUUUUCUUUGUUUUUGUUUGUUUUGAUACCUGCUGAGCUCGUCUUAGUUUUUUUUAAUGCAUUAUUGGCUCUACAUUAUCAUUACUGUUUGUUUCUUAGCCUGCACCUACCCACUCGAACUCUGCGCUCCUCCAGUCAGAUGCCUUUAUUAGUUCCACGCUCCCAGUUCAAAUCUAGAGGUGACAGGGCUUUCUCCAUUGCCACCCUGAGACUCUGGAACAGUCUUCCCUCUUUUAUAAAAUCCUCUUCAUCCUUGGAAGUCUUCAAAUCGAAUCUGAAGACCUAGCUAUUUUCCAAGGCUUUCAGAUCUCUCUGACACCACUUUUAUUCUGUUUCAGCUACUCUGGUCUUUUAUCUCACUGGAUGAUGUUUGCAUGUGUAGACACGUAUACAUGUAUUUUAUGUUCACAUAUGUGUGCUUGUGUGUGAAUGUGUACAUAUUAUUAUUAUUUUUUAUUUUUAUUUUUUUACAAAAAUGUAUGGAUGUCACAAUGUUUCUGUUUUCAUCUUAUCUAUUUUAAUUCUUUUUAUCAUAUUCCUCUGUUCAGCACUUUGGCCGACACUUGAUGUCUUUUAAAUGUGCUAUAUGAAUAAAGAUGACUUGACUUGACUUUCUGCUUUAUAUAUGCUACAUUUCUGUUGCUACCACAACAUAGACAUCUGUGCAAGAACAGUGGAUUUUAGCCAUAGUGAGCUUGAUGGAGCUCGCUCAGUAUAAAAAGCAAUGAAGUGGCUGAAAUCCAGUGCAUGUCAUCGACUGUAUCUUCACGUCAUCAUUUCAUUUUUGUCAUUUGAGGACGAUGAUUUACAGUUUUCCCUCCUGUCUGCUGGAUGCAAGCAGUCGGCUGUGCCAAAAUAUCAACUUCAGGAGCUCACAGGCGUUCCAGCUCUGAUCUGUGGAAGUCAUAUUUGAUAUCAGGAAGUUGACUUUGUUGCUCUGUGUUCAU